AUGCCUCUGCGCCGCGGCGGUGAUAAGAAAGUUCAAACGAGCCUGACAAGCUUUGCGAAGCGCAUGCCCUCCACCGCAGAUGCACCCUCUGCCGCGACAUCCCAUCCUCUCCCGCGGCGCCCCAGUUCUCAACCGAAGGCUAUGCGCCCGUUGCCCCGUCCCUCAGCAACUCCUUUUUUUCUUCAGGCCCAGCCGAGGCCCAAACGACAGGCUCCAAGCAGCUCACCAGCCGAUGACGCGUGGGAGGUCGGUGAGCGUGUCUCAAAUGGGAAGGGGAUAAGCCCCCACCUUCAAUAUGAAGAUGAGUGUAGGGCCCACGAUAGUGAAUCAGACUUCGAACCCGACUCAGUUCGACAUCAUGUGGCAGGUGAAAGGCCAAGCACGGCGCGGAAGAACAUGCCUUCCGGUUUGAGGGAUGACCGUGGAUCUAUGAUGAAACGCUCCGCCAAAAAGGGCCGACGUAGGGGGAGCGCGGUAAAGAUUCCUGCACGGAAGCUUGUCUUUGAUUAUGACGGUACGUGUGAUGAAACUCAGGAAGUCGUGCGCAAAGCGAAUGGGACAGCGACUGAUGCUGAGGAGGAUUGCAAGAUAGUCGUUUUGGAAGGUAACAAACUUGAGAUGUCGGAAACGGACGAAGGUGAGGAACUCACCACCGAUGAGGAUGAGGAAAUGUCCGCUAAAGAAGACGGGGACUCUGAACUAAACAGUCCCGAUAUUAAGCGCUCUAGAAGGGAACGCAGAAUAUCUCUCGCUCUGAGUAUGGUCACACCCAUCGAUAAGCGCCAUGCGAAAGACAAUUUCAAAACACCCGAUGAACUUGCCAUAGGCAGGCGUUUCCCUUCUCAUUGCAAGAAUGCACCCCGCAAAUCAGUAACUAGUGGCGUUGGCCCUGGCGAGACAAGCACGCCUCCGAGCAGAAGGCCUCACGUUGUGCCGAGACUGUUUGAUUCGGACAGUGACGACUCUUUGGUUGUGAAGAACAAUGGUUCAAAGACAGGAAAACCUCGGAAAGCUUGGCGGAAGAAAUCCUCUGCGCAACUAUCCGUGGGCGAGAUGGCAGCUGUUAAUGCGACAGCUCUCAACAGCGCGGUAAAUUCUCGGCUGAUCGCCCGAGUGCAUGCUCCAAAGGAAACGGCCUUUAUCGGAAAAUCAGUGUUUGACUGUGAUUCGCCUGGUGCAAAAAUUUGCACAAGAACCCCCUCACCGAGUCGCCAUGCGAAGCGUGAUAUAUGCAGCAAACAUGGAACAGCAAACUCAUCUGGACGGAAGGUGGCUAAGCCUAAGGAGCCAGAUGCUGGACUGACUGACACUGAGAAGGAACAUAUCGAUGAAGGAAUCAUAUCCCUGGAGGACGACGAGGAAAAAUCCUGGGAUGGGCAAGUGGGGCCCCAUGGGACAUGCGCGGGCAUGAAGACCGAAGCGUCUCGCCACGAGCCGGUGGCUCCUGUUCCACACAUGGAUGACACUGUGGGUGAGAAGCUGCCUGGACAUGCAGAUGAUGGUAGAAGCGGUACUGAAGCUAUCAUCAGGGUGCGGUCCGAACGGUCGCCAUCGCCAGCGUCAACACCUCAUCACCCGCCUAGCAGGAAGCGUCGCAAAAGAGUCGUUAUCACGCCAGAGUCUUCGCCCUCACCGUUGCCGAACACACCGCAGAACCGGGACAAGUCGCGGACUCCAAUGCGGUCAGUCCGCGCCACAAGAGGGGCCUUUAACUCUAUUUCGCCGCUGCUGCUUGGCGGAACUCCAUCACCGCCUUCAACGAAAAAGCGCCGACGUCUACAGCGUCUUGUUUCGCUGGAGGACAGCGAUGAGCCGGCCUUUUCUCGAUCCACAGAGCCCAUUAAGCAGAUUCCACCAUCCGCAUCACCAGCACAAACGCGAUCGAAACGAAGGAACCAGCCGACUCAGUCGACACCGAAGAACGCAGGGGGAUCAGAAUGGUAUUAUGAACAAGAUAUUGAAGGCUUUUCCAGUUCAAGUGGUGAUCUCCGAGCACUAUCAUCAGAAGAAGCUGAACGCCUCAGUUCAGCACCUAACGAUGGUCCGCGUGCUCCCGAGCGACACACAACUGCGGCAAUCAAACCCGUGUGCCGUAACAUCCUAAGAAGUCUCGAUGGAGAGGAAGAGUAUGAUCGCGUAUUGCCUGGUAUCGCCGUGUCCCAGCAUCGUAAGAGUGCUGCAGUCCAGCAAAAUGGUAAAUGGGGUAAGAAACAAAGACGAAAAGUAGCGUGUGAGGAAGUUGUUGAUCUUGCUGAUGAUGACGAAAGCUGCGCGCUGGUUGAUGUUGAGCGAUCAGACUCGCCCGUCAAUGUCGAUGAAAUUCGGGAUUCAUAUUCGGUUCACUCGGGGUCAGAAAGCGCUGACGCGAGUGACGCGGUGCUUUCAGCGGGCGGCGAUGACGACACUCCGCCACCGUUUAAUUUGGUGGUGCUAUGCAAUGCAGGCGAAACAGUGCAUCAAAUGAAGGAGCGAAUUGGUGAGGAAGCCCUAAUGGACCACGUGACUGAGGCGCAGCAACAAGGGCGUGAAAUUGUGGGCGGGCAGGAGUUGGGACUAUCGUCGUCUUUCAAUCGAAACGUAUUCAACAGGUUUUCAAGGCAGAUUGUCGGAGACCAACUGGGUCGGGAUAGAAAGGCGAAAGUUGUGACGGAGCAGGCAAUGCGGGGGGAGUUUCAGUUUAACUAUCGGGGAAAAAACCGGGAGAACUGGUUUCAAGAAAAACGAGGGCGUAAACAGUCAGGGGGUGCCAAGAAGGCGCGGGGUGGUAAGCGCCUGUCAAAUCUGCGCUCGCGACUAGGAUAA